AUGACACCAGAUUGGCAGCCCGACGUCGAGCUGGCCGUGGCAGAGCAGCGCCGCCCGCGUCUCAGGGACCGGUCACCCGCAAAAGAUCUGCGAAGCGUCCCUGACGCGGGCAACCCGGAGGUGGAGAGAAUCGCUCUUUGGGGGAUGACAACAUUAACGUCCCCACUUCCGGUGGAGGGCCGGGAGCUGUCACAGAAAGAGUCAAUUCUCUCACCUCCGGGGUUCAGGCCCCGAGUUCCCUCUUUGAGCAGUGCCCAAGAAAUGUCUCCUCGGAUUCGGACUCGGAGCCUGAUGUCGCCAGCGCGGGAACCAGGGAAGAAGGUAAGCACUACUCAGUGCAGUCUGACUUUUCUCCAGGACGUUCUUCCUUCUGGGAUCAGUCCCCUUCCCCUUCCCCCCCCAGGCUGCCCCACUGCGGUCACGUCGGUCAACGUCCCUUUGAUACCCCUGGCGACCAGGCUGGGAGCCUGGCUUCAGCUUCCCAGCCUCUCGCGGUGGUUGAUUCGGACGGUACGUCUCGGCUAUGCGAUUCAGUUCGCCAGGCGACCGCCCAGGUACAGAGGCGUCCUUUUCACUUCUGUCCAUUCGGACACACAUGCCGCUGUGCUUCGUGCGGAGGUUGCAGUCCUACUGGCGAAGGACGCAAUCGAGCCUGUCCCUCCAGCCGAGAUGAAGUCAGGGUUUUACAGUCCUUACUUCAUCGUGCCCAAAAAGAGCGGUGGAUUAAGACCCAUCCUGGAUCUUCGAGCCCUGAAUCGGUCCCUUCUCAGGCUGCCGUUCAAGAUGCUCACGAUGAAGCGCAUGCUAACAUGCAUUCGUCCCCAGGAUUGGUUCGCAGCCAUCGACCUGAAGGAUGCCUCACUCGCGAAAUCUGUUGUGCGAACAGAGGGACUUGGUGCUCCGGCACCUCAGCCAUCUGGGCCUUCCGCUCCUGACCGCACUGGCCUCCAUCAAGAGGGUGUGUUUGGCGACUAUCUGGAUUUGAAAUCAGUGAUAAGGGGAGAUUCAGUCACAUUAACGUCUUUUUCUGAAAUGAAGAAUGAUGUGAUUCAGUGGAAGUUUGGAUAUGAAAACACUUUAAUAGCUGAAGUCAAUAAACAGACCAACAGAAUUGCUGUCUAUGAUGAUGUUCUUGAUGGGAGAUUCAGAGACCGACUGAAGCUGGAUCAUCAAACUGGAUCUCUUACCAUCACAAACACCACAACUGAACAUGCUGGAAGUUAUGAACGACAGAUCAACAGUAGGAAACAGUAUUUUAGUCUUGAUGUCAUUGUGAAAAUAUCAGUGAAGGAGGGCGAUUCAGUCACUCUAAACUCUGGCCUCACUGAAAUCAAGGAUGAUGAUUGGAUUCGGUGGGAUUUUAAAACCAUUGCCAUAGCUGAAAUCAAGAAACAGACCAACAGCAUUGCUGUAUAUGAUGAAGUUCUCGAUGGGAGAUUCAGAGACAGACUGAAGCUGGACAAACAAACUGGAUCUCUGACCAUCACAAACACCACAACUGAACAUGAUGGAGAUUACAGGCUACUACAAAUCAGCCACAAGAGUUUUUAUUUCUAUCUCAAUGUCAUUGUGCCAGUGCUGGAGGGAGAUUCAGUCACUCUAAACUCUGAUCUCACUGAAAUCAGUGAUGGUGAUGAGAUUCAGUGGAGGUUUGGAGAUGAAAAAACUUUAAUAGCUGAAGUCAAUAAAAAGGCUGACAGAUUCAACACAUAUGAUAAUGUUCCUGAUGGGAGAUUCAGAGACAGACUGAAGCUGGACAAACGAACCGGAUCUCUGACCAUCACAAACAUCACAACUCAACAUGAUGGAUGUUAUGAACAACACAACAGUUUUUAUAGCAGGUCGUACAGGAGACUUUAUUUAUUUUUUGUUUCACCAUCUACACUCGUCCGCCUGUUCCUGUCAUCAGCAGUAACUCUUCACAAUGUUCUUCAUCAUCAUCCUCAUGUUCACUGUUGUGUUCAGCUGUGAAUGUGAGUGAUGUGAGUGUCUCCUGGUUCAAAGGAAACAGUUUAUUGUCCAGCAUCAGUGUGUCUGAUCUCAGCAUCAGUCUCUCUCUACCUCUGGAGGUGGAAUAUCAGGAUAAAAACACCUACAGCUGUGUGAUCAACAAUCCCAUCAGAAACCAGACUCACAUCUCAACAUCACUCAACUCUGUCACACGU